UACUAGGUUGUUCCUCAACUUCGCAUCAAAGUCUGCAAAAAAAACCAAGCUUUACCAACUGACAAAGUCCCCAAAGUGCCCCUCCCUCACGCCCAAUCCCACCACGCUCCACACUCUCUCUCAUGAAUCCAGACGCAGCAGAGCAUCACCAUCUCCCUCUUCUACGCCUCGCCUCCAGCAAAACCAAGAAGCAAGCUUUUUUCAUGGCCUCUGCCCCAAACUCCAAUCCCGAUACCACACCAUCUCCUCCUCCUCCUUCUCUUUCUCCUUCUUCGUCUUUGCCUUCGUCUUCUGUUACUACUGCUUCUUACUGCACUCCAAGCAUCACAGCUAUGGACUAUGACCAUAUCGUCUCCAUCCUUCACCUUCUCCCUUUGGACUCAAUCCUCUGUUUUUCCAUGACUUGCAGAAAGUUCAGAUCUUUGGCUUCUUCUGAGUCUCUCUGGGAGUUAGUUUGCAGGAGGGACUGGGGAAGUAGUUCUGUGGAUGCUCUGGUUUCGUCCUUUUCCUCGGUUGAGAGGAGGGAGAUGUCUUGGAAGAGGCUUUACCAGCAGGUUUCUCAGUUGAGUUCUGUGUCUUGUCGCAGAUUGGUGAGCAAAGAUGGGAUUUUUCCUAGACCCAGGGCUUCUCACUCCCUGAAUUAUGUUUCUGAUUGCCUUGUUCUCUUUGGUGGGGGCUGUGAAGGAGGACGCCAUUUGGACGAUACAUGGGUGGCAUAUAUUGGAAAUGGAUUUAACAGGGUCCUAAGUUGGCAGCAGGUUGAUUCAAGCAUCCCAAAUGGCCGAUUUGGGCAUAGUUGCAUCAUCAUCGCUGACUCGCUUGUUCUCUUUGGCGGCAUCAAUGAUAGUGGAGUCCGCCAUAAUGAUACCUGGAUUGGCCGGCUAAUCCGUGAGGGUCCUCUUGAUAUCAAGAUAUCAUGGAGGCCAUUAGAUGUUGGCCCAGUUGCACCUGCACCUCGAGGAGCGCAUGCUGCAUGCUGCACCGGGGAACAUAAAAUGGUGAUCCAUGGAGGUAUCGGAUUUAACGGACUGCGGCUUGACGACACAUGGGUCCUGGACCUUACUGAUGAUCUUAUCUCUGCCAGAUGGUAUCCGAUAACAAAUGCUCGAUUGUCACCUCCGGCUCGUUCAGGUCAUUCAUUGACAUGGAUCGGUGGAUGCCACAUGGUUCUCUAUGGUGGACGGGGAUCCGGCUAUGAUGUUCUAAAUGAUGUUUGGCUCCUAGACAUUGGAAGAGAACUUCCUGAAUGGAUGGAGCUGAAAUACGACAACUCUAAUAUCCCAAGUGAGAUGCCACUCCCACGGGUUGGACACUCUGCGACGCUUAUAAUAGGUGGACAGGUCCUCAUCUAUGGAGGCGAAGAUUCACAGAGGCACCGAAAAAAUGAUUUUUGGAUAUUAGACGUAGGUGCUCUUUCAAGAUUUCAGGCAAUGGGUCUAAAAAGACCGCCAAAGAUAUGGAAGAAGUUGAGACUUGAAGGUCACUGCCCGAGUUACAGGUCAUUCCACGGAGCAUGCACAGAUCGAUCUGGUCGUAAUGUUUUCAUCUUUGGUGGGAUGGUGGAUGGGGUUGUUCAUCCUGCAGAGGCGUAUGGCCUGAGAUUCGAUGGGGAACUGUAUCAUGUAAAGCUUGUCCUUCAGCUGUAGAAAGCCAGUAUAAAUUUUGCCUCUUAAUUUGAACUGUUGAACUGUUGUAGAAAUACUUGUUAUGAAUGCGCAACAGAUAACUGCUUGAAUGA